ACGUGUACGAAUGUGCACUGCCGUCAAAAGCAAACGCUUCAGCACCGUGAAGCGAGUAGAGAUGGCAGCGUAAUUACUGCCGUCAUAUUAACAGUUGGGCAUCUUCGGUGGAAGAUGGUACUGUUCGUAUUGUAUUGUAGAGAAACAGCACACCACAGAGCCAGGAAUGAAAAUGAGAGAGGUUUAUGCUUUCUGUUUUCAUUAGUUUUGGUGUUUUUGUGAGUGCAGAAACAAGCCUUCAAAAACAAGAUGCUCUAUUCAGGGGUGGAAAAAAAUCUACACACACGGUUGAGGCUCGAAAAAUCAGAGGGGUAGAAUAGCCUCUCACCGGAUGGAUUGUUCGCAUAAAGGCUGGCCACAAUGUAGAAUCGAGCAAUAGUCCAUCACAGGAUACGGCCGUGUAUACAUCCGAUAAAAGCCUACUACAGUAAAAGUGCAACAUUGUUCUAGCGUUUACUGUGCGCGUUUAUCAACUAAGGUUUCAUUCUUCGACUAAGUGCCAACAUAAGCAUUGCGAUGAAAUUUCUGUGUGUUGCUGUUUGUCUUGCCGUAAUGUGCGUUGAAUCACUAGCACAAAACAAUCAGUACCUGCCCCCAGACAAAGGUUAUGCCUACGACAAACCGAAUCAGCCAUUCCCAUCUUCCCCCCAACCUCAGAAUGUUCCUCGACCACAGCCCACUCCAGGUCGUCCGGCACCAUCUUAUGGUCCUCCUGCCCAGGAUGAUCACCAUCACGAACCUGGAAUGCCUUUCGAUUUUCAAUAUAAUGUGAAUGACAUUGAAACACAAAAUGAUUACUCUCAUAAAGCAGCAAGUGACGGUGACGUGACACGUGGCGAGUACCGUGUUCAGCUACCUGACGGACGUACGCAAAUUGUGCGCUACACUGCUGACUGGAAGAAUGGCUACAAUGCUGAGGUAUCGUACGAAGGGGAAGCAAAAUAUCCCGAAGGACCUGGUCAGGGUGGUGCGAAUGCCGGUGGAUACAAAUACUAGAAGCAGAUAAACAAAAUCCCUCAUCACUCAUCUGAUUGGUGGACAGAACCGUCCAUUCUCGCGUCCAAUAAGACUAGAUUGUAUUCUGCACAACGGUAGAACCAUCAUUCCUCGAUAAAAGUGUUUCCUUUCAAGAUGCAUCAAAUACGAUAAGGUUAUCAUUAAAGUAAGAGUCAUUAAGCAGGUAAAGUUUACAUGCAACCCGCAACUUAUUUACAAAGAGCACAUUACUCAUUGCAACUGUGCAAUAAUCGUGGAAAUUGUUUGCGAGUUCAUUUAUUCCUAGGUAGGUGGUUGCAGAAUAUCCCGUCAAGUCAAGCAAUAUCCAUUUUAUGAUUCUGAAAUCAACUACUGUGCAAGAAAUCUUUAAAAUAAACUUAUUAUGAAUCCAUAGCGA